AUGUCAUAUGACGACAAGUAUAGACACUUCUCCAUGGCAAAGAUGAGACAAGUUUUAAAUAUUUACAAUAACCGUAAACAAAAAGGUUUGGGAAACCACUCCCCCGAAGAAAUGAAAAACAACCCUGACUUAGAGAAAGACUAUAUAUUUAAUAAUUUAGUCAAAAGAGACAAACAAGAAAGAAUGCCGGGCUUCAAACUUCAGAAAGGUGACAAAGUAAAAAUAGAAAUACCUAAACGCGACCCAUAUGAAAAUACUAUUGACUAUGACAACAAUGGGAACCCGACAGGUACUCACAUUCGUGUUCGUAAAAAUAGAAGAAAGUAUACAAGAGAAUAUUAUGAAGUUUUAGGCAAACAUGGCAAAAUGUACACACUGCAAGCAGAAGAUAAAACUACUAUUGUCAGACCUCGUUUCAAACUUGUCAAAGUUCAAGGUGGUAUACUUUCAAAGACAGUUCCUAACAAAUAUAAGACAACUCCUGACGAAUAUGCUAAGAAGUUGAAAAUGACGACUAA